UCCCGCCUGGCUGGUAUGCCUCGCCGUUGUUACUACCAUGGUUGAAAUGAGACUGGCGAAAUAUAAUUACCUCAUGUACCUCGGGGAAGCAUCGAGCUUCCCCAGAUUGCCAUUGGUGUUGGUGCUAGGAGCGGUGGUUGUCACUAGCGGCGUGGCCAGUGACUUCCUCAGAGACAAGGGACAUCUGUCAACGGCCACCUUGAGGAAGGUCUUCUGCUCUGGAGCGUUGCUGUUACACGGAGGAACGGUCAUGCUACUGGGCUUGAAGCAUAGCAUCUGGUUGAGUCAUCUUUCUACGGCUGCACUGGGUGUCUUCGUCCUAGGAGUUGAGUGCAAUCACAUUGACUUGGCGCCCCAGCACGCUCCAGUCCUGAAGUCUAUCUCGUCUACGCUACAGUGGCUUGUCAUCGGCCUUCUCAGCAUGUUCUUCUUGAGUGACGAUACAAACAUCAUGAGCCAUCGCGUCGCUCACGUGAUCCUUCCAGUGUGCCAGAUGGGAGCAGCCAUGCUCUAUCUUCUGUACGGCGAAGGAGAGCGACAGGAUUGGGACCUUCCAGUAGUGCCACUGGACAUGCACACCACGCCUGCCAAGGACAUUGAAACUGCUCAUUCUGAUGCUCGCUCGGAGAUAUCGGAUCCUCUGCCCUGCUGUUCACAAGAAAACAUCGCAGACAUCGAGCGAGAACGUCAUAAAUAA